ACACUACUCUCAUAUCUGUCUAUUUAAUACAGAACAACAGCCAACAACCAAUCGUAAGUCACCGAAUCUGACACAAGAUUCACAAUCGUUGCUGUUGCACUUUAGUUGUUGUCUGGAUUUUACAACACGGUGUAGUGUGUGAAGUAGUGAGCUUUUGAGGUGCUGGAGGACAGAUUUUGGAAGCAGCUUCUUCCCGUUUCCAGCCUUUAUGCUAAGCUAAGCUUACUGGCAGCUGGCUUUAGCUUCAUAGUUAACGGAUAUAUAGAUAGAUGAGAUAUGAGAGUAUCAAUCUUUUUAUCGAACUCUCAGCAAAUAGGCGCAUUUCCCAAGAUAUUAAACUGUUCUUUUCAUGGAUUAGUUGAUUGUCUUGAUUGUUUGUAAAAAGAAAACAAUUUAAGCAAAAAUGACUAAAAUCACUGGUUAGAAUUUUGGUUGCAAAUGUGAAACAUAAUAAUACAGGCCUUAUGCUUUCAUGUUUGCACACAAUAUCAGUCUGAAUCCACUUCACUAGGCAGUGUGUAAACCUCUUAUUCUGGUUGUGGGUACGUUUUUGCUGCGGAUGCAAGAAUCUAGACUAGACUGUUUUGCUCUUAUCGAUUGGACCAGAUGUUUAAGGACGUUCCUUCAUAAGAGUUAUAAAGGAUUCAGUCACUCUCUUGAUAGUUAAAAAAACCUCUGUGUUUAGCAGCCAGAUGAGUAGAUUAGAGUAAACUGGUGGACUUUUAACCCCGUCAUUGAUAUCUAUUGCUGUCACUCGAAGCAACCAAAAGAAAGAAAUGACUUCUAGUACUGCACUGUAACGUGUUUACUUCCUUUGUUUUUUUUGCAGACUCCAGGAGCAGGAGCGGGCAUUGAACCUGUCCAUCAAGGAAGCCACUGCUAAAGUGGUCAUGAGUCAGAGGCUCGGCAGCAGCCUGAGGAGGAAAGUCGGCGAGACUGAAACUCAGCUUUUGGCGCUGCAUGAAGCCAAACUGGCAGCCAUCUCGGGUAAUGACUUCGGCAGUGCCAAGGAGCUGAGGGCCGAGAUGAAGGCGGUGUACUUGGAGCGCGACCGGCUGGACGCUCUGGCCAAGAGGCUGCACAGCCUCAGCUCGGGGAGCAGCCAGGAGCUGGGCCGGAUGAAGGAGCAGCGGCAGCAGCUCAGGGAGGAGCUGGAGCAGAGGGAGGCGCAGCACGGUGAGUCUACAUCAAGAAAAGGAGAGACUCGCUGCCUCGCUUACGGACACAUGCACACGCGCACACACGACCGAUCCCAUCAUCCUCCUGGCGGGGUCGGUAAAAUAAAUGCGCCAUUAGCAAAACAAACACACGACAAACGUUUUCUUGCCCACUGCGACUGCAAAGUGUUUGUUGUAUUUCUGAAAGGUGCCUCUCACUUGUCUUUGAAUACACCUUUUAACCAUCAAUUCCAAUGUGCAUCAUGAGAGCUUUUUUGGAAGAGAAGUCCUGUUUUGAUGUCGCUCCACGCUGGGAGGACAUCAAUGGACAACGACGUUUCUCCCAAAUGAAGGGGAAGUGAUCUGCUGUCAGCGGGGAGUCGGCAUCAAAUGAGUUACCAGCAGGACUGGCAGUUGUUGAGAGGAAGGUGAGGGGUGGUGUGUGUGUGUGUGUGUGUGUGUGUGUGUGUGUGUGUGUGUGUGUGCAGGGGAAAUGAGCUUUAGAUUGUGUGAAGUAGCCAAUUACCUCCAAGCUACUCAGUGCAGACAUGAUGUAUAAGCGCUCGCACACUCUCCAACGAGAGGAGAUCUGAAAUGCUGCUUAAAGAAAGGGCUCACUUUUUUGUAGAGGACGGGUUGGGUAGAUUGGUUUGGCCUCCUGGCACUGGCGGAGACAUAAAUGGACUUUGACAGCACCACCUGCAGUGCUACUUUCUCAACUCCAUCAGUCACAGAGGGAUUUCUAAAGAUUUCAACAACAAAAAAGAAGGUUACUUUGCUCUCUGAGGCGCUGAGACGCAGAGAGCAAAGGGGAAGUGACGGGGCCAGAACGGGUAGUGAAAGACCAGAGACCGGAGCCCUGGAUCAGGCUCCUGCUGCAACCCCAAGGUGUGCAAUCAGCUAUUUAGCAAACACACUGUUGUCUAGAGACCAUUAAGGCCUGUGGCUGCAGAGUCACCACUUGUGACGACCCAUUGUCUUGUCUUGAAUGCACCCUCUGCUGGCACUAGGGGGCAGCCUUUCAUUGUUGCAGCCAGGCAGAGUUGAAUCAAGUUUUUAUGUUUUUGUUCACAUUAAAAGGUCUAUGAUUUUAUAUAAUUGUACGAGGAACCAAAUCCUUUUACUUGCAGAUUACGUUUCUUUUCACCUUUGUGCAUGAAACUCAGUCACCUGUCUGACUUCUGUUGCUGAAAUACACUCCUGAACACCUUGACUUGCUAAACAGCCGGGGACCGCAUUAAUCUCUCCCCCGACAGCCACCAAAGACGCGUUCAAGUUCACCUCGGUAUCCUAAAUACGCAGCGUGCCUCACACAGAACAACGCAGCUCCCAGGGACAUCGAGGCUGGGAAACCGGCGACAUGCCAACGCUCGGGCUGAACAAAGGAACGGGGAAUCAGGUGGGGAACGCGUCACAAAUGUGGGAAGAGACGGCAAGUUAAUGAUCGCUUGUGCGGCUUGCUCAAAUGCUCAAGUGGGCGCACGCAAUAUGGCAUCAGGCGCAAUCUCACAAUGUGCUGCUGACACCAAGCAAAGGGCUCAUUAAACUGUCAUCCUAUUUGGUAAGAAGGGGCUGGCACGUGCUAUCUGGAAACUGAUAGCCCACAAACAGCACAUUAGCA